AUGACAACUGAAGCUGCAGCAGAACUCGACGAGGAGAAACAAUAUACACUCCAACUUGUUGCCUAUCGAAUGAUUUACAUCCUACAAGGCGCAUUAAUGGGGAUGUUGGGCCCUGCUCUUGUCUUUUUUUCAACAUUAGCGACAAACCAAUCAGGACUUGCAGCUCCAGUGUAUGGAUUUGGACCAAUCUUUGCAGCUCAUGGAGGUGCAGCACUCAUUAUGAGCUUUAUGAGUGAUUUUGUGCUCACUUACUUUACCGAGAAAGAAUUGAUGAAACAAUUGAUUGUUGUUCUUCUGCUCUGCAUUGGAGCAUGGUACGCGUGUCUCACAUCAAUUGCUGCAGCUACAGGAAACGUUGGUGUUGGGGUUUAUUUUAUUGCGAAGGGAUUUCUAACAGCAUUGCUCAAUAUCUCACUCAAUCGAUGUUCCUUAUUGAUUGCUGGAGAGAAAGGACCACGGAGACGCAGUAUCAUCACGUCGAUGAACAUCAGUUACGGUCUUGGCUGCGUGCUGGGCGCCAUUAGUGCGUUGGUGCUCACUAAGCUCGAUAUCGACAUGGGCUAUGCAUUCAUCGGAUUGGCUGUACUAACGGCCUUCCCGGUCGUUCUAGUUGCGAUGCUGCCUAGCCCACGCAACUACUACGGACGCGACGAACAUCAAACGCUACUAUCAUUCGAAGACCCUACACGUCGUGUCCCUACCGUGCCUAGCCCCAUUGUAGGUGGCGUCUUCUUACACGCCAAACAUGUUAGUGGGUCCAAGAACUGCAAUCCGGACACAUAUGACUCAAAAAACAACUUUAUUAUCCUGCUCGUGACCAUCUUCGCCACGGUGCUUUUCGGUAUCCAGCUCGGUCUCGCAGCCUUCUUGUACGACUACAUUGGCACUGUGCUGAUAAAAGGUGCCAAGCUUGUAGCAACUGAAACAUCAAGCUCCAGCAAUAGCGACGUCAAAAGUGAUAACAAUCAAGCUGUGUGGCAGUGUGCGAUUAUGGUGCUGUUUUGGGGAUCGCUUACGGUGUCAUACGUGAUACUCCCAAGGUUCUUGUUUCACGACAAAAACCUCUACUCUAUCGUGGUUUGUGCAGUGAUAUGCGGAGCAAGUUCAUUUGGUCUCCUUUUUGGCAUCGAGGCAGGGCUACUUAUCUUUAUGGCAUGCAUCUUCUUCUUUGCGGCUGCACUGGCUCCACUCUUUACGCUCAGCAUCCACUGCUUGACUCGCGUAAUCAACGAACAGCUUAUCAGGCGCGUAUCCUCGCUCAUCGUGUUUGGUUGUGGUAUGGGUGAAGUGUUUAUUCCAGUGCUGAUGGGGUUCUUUAUGAGCGGUCAAAGCGGGCAGGCUAAUGGAGCUGUUGCCGUCAGCUACAUCACCUUCAUCCUUGCUCUAACGCUUGUGGGCGUUAGCGGCAUGCUGCUUUGGAUGGUUAGAGCAAGGUUGAAAGAACUACCGGAACUCAUUGAUGAACUUGAAGGCAACAGUGAAAUGGGUCACAUGCGGGCAGCUCGUGCAGGUCACGUUGUUCGAAAGAUGAAUCGCUAUUGA